UAUUACACAACUGUAUGUAGGACAAUGAUUCGUUGAGCUCGAGCUCAGUCUCUCCCCCGUUGGCUGGAUUGUACACGUCAGCAGUCAAUAAGUUGUAUCAUCACAGAGCCAUCAUCCUCUUCCUGGUGUUAGCGUGUGACACUUUCUACCUAGUUUGGGGUGGCAGAAAACGAGCGACUGUUUGGCAAGUGACACGGGUUUCAAGUGGAAAGACAGUCCUGCGAGAGGAGAAGCAGCCAUCAAGACACGUUUGACAUUAGUUUGAAGAGGAGUCACGCGACGUUGGACUGUUAGGAAAAGGAGACUUUCACGGCACGAGGAAACAAACGGGUCUUACAAUGAGGACGCGCGCGAUAAGGUGAAGAAAGGCACUGCAGUUGGACUCCUAAAGUUUUUAUUUUGAAAAUAGAAAAUGAGGUUUCGGUUGCACAAAAAGAAUCUGCUCGCGCUGCUGGGUGUUUCCUUCGUAGUUGUGACUCUCCUGUUUUCAACACGUGUGCUAUUAGUUUCCGACAAUGACACCAGUGGAAUUGAUAAUGUUCCUCAGGGAAAUCAUGGCAUGCCUUCUGGGGACACGGUGAAGUUUAACUUCGGUUCCCUCCUACUAUUGACUCAGUCAGUUUACAGUGCCAAUUACAAGCAGUGUGUUCAAAAUGCAGAUAGGUUUCCAGGGGAGCCUCAGCUGGUGCUGGUUGUGCAGGUCCACAACAGGCCUGAGUACCUCAGGCUGCUCAUCAAGUCACUGGAGAAAGCUGCUGAGGUCCACAGCUUCCUCCUCAUCUUUAGCCAUGACUAUUUUUCAGAGGAAAUAAACGCCAUUGUGCAAGGGAUAACUUUCUGCAAAGUACUGCAGAUUUAUUUCCCUUUCAGCACUCAGCUGUAUCCAGGAGAGUUUCCUGGGCAGGAUCCACGAGACUGCCCUCGAGACAUAUCCAAGGCCGACGCUCUCAAAACAGGAUGCCUCAACGCAGAACACCCGGACUCCUAUGGACACUACAGGGAGGCCUUCAUCACUCAAACCAAACACCACUGGUGGUGGAAGCUGCACUUUGUGUGGGAGCGAGUGCAGGCGAUGCAGGGCUACAGUGGCUUUGUACUCUUUCUGGAGGAGGACAACUACAUCUUACCUGACUUCUUCCAUUUCUAUAAAUUAAUGAUUGAGUUCAAAAAGAGCAGCUGCCCAGACUGUGACAUGCUGGCAUUGGGUAACCACAAUGGCCUGACUGAUUUUAACACACUGACCAAUAAGGUGUUGACCACUGGGUGGAUGUCCACUAAACACAACAUAGGCAUGGCCAUCUCCAGGGAGGUGUAUUACAAACUGAUGGGCUGCAACAACGAGUUCUGCACCUACGACGACUACAACUGGGACUGGACCCUGCAGCACCUCUCGGGAGCCUGCAUAUCAAAGCCCCUCAAAGUGCUCGUGGCACAGGGCUCCAGGGUUCUCCACACAGGAGACUGUGGCCUUCACCAGAAGGAAAACUGCAGGCCCGAAUGGGCCUCACAGAAGGUCGAGGAGGGCCUUCAAGCGGCCAAGGAGGGCCUCUUUCCGCCAUCUCUUGUUCUUAGUGGUGCAGAGGCAGUGGAGCACAAGGCGCACAUGAAGAACGGAGGAUGGGGAGACGUUCGAGACCAUAUUCUGUGCAAUAACUACGCCAAACGUCUUUGAACUAUAACUUUUCUCUAAGUAAUGUGGGUAAAAUGUUCAUUAGUAUUUUGCAGAUGUGCCAUUCAUACACAACUUUUCAGGGUUUCAGAGGUUGCGGUGUGUUGGGUUUUCUCUUUGAGGGUCUUCCUGCGAGGUCUUCCAAGAAGUAGGACCAAAUCAAGUCCACGCAUGUUGCAUGCACACAGCGAGACUUGGACUUCUUUCUUAAAUCUUUUAUUUUCAUUCACCAAAGCUGCAAAGUUGCCAAAGACUCUUGUUAAUAUUUGUGAUAUGUAUAAUCAUGCUGGCUCAGUCACGCUGUUCAAUUUCAUGUGACCAGGUUUGUUUAUCUCUGGGUGUCUUACAGGCCAAAACAUUAGAUUAGAUUUAUUGCACAGGGAUGGGAAACAAGAGUAAACCAUAUCAGUGUGCAUAUUCACACACACACACACACACACACACAUACACACACACACACACACUUAUCUGCAUUAUUUCACUUGCAAAUAUAUUUCCUUAGCUGAGAACAGCACAGGAUGUUAAUUAAAAGGUUCAGUGUGUUGGUUUGUGGUGAAUUCAUGUCAUACUUUCAUGAACCAUCUUGUUGCUAUGUUUUAAAAAAUGUUUUAAUGGUACAGUUUCAAGUGCAACAACAAAAAGGCACGUGUAAUGUACAGACAUAUAGGUUUAUUGAAAAUGUGUAUGACAAUCUGAAAUAUUUGGGAAGGUUGAGGUUUAUACAGUAACUGUUAAUGUCAAAAUGAUAUCAUGAACAUAAUGGUAUCCGUGUUACUGAAUGUAACCUUCACUUUCUGUCUGCUAUAACCAGGGGUCUUUAUUUUUUCAGUUUUUAGGUGAGGUCAACUGACACCACUUCAAUCAGUCUCCUACUCCCCUGGUUACAGUGAGAGCUGGCUUGAUAUUGAUUUUUUCCCCUUUUGGUUGUGAUUGUAUAUUUGCUUUCUGAUUGGUGAAAUGUGACCUUUUGGACUCUUGUUCUGAGAUGUUUUGUUCUGCAAACAUCAGGCUCAUCUGUGAUUCUGCAUUUCUAUAUUUGCACCUUGUAUGUUAGAAUUUAUUUUGGGAUAUAAUGUCCAAAUGAGAACAGCAUUCGAUAGCUAGUGACACUUUAAAAAAAAGAUCCUACCAUAGCCGAAGCUGCCUUUUUACAAUGUAAAACAAUGACCACAUGAACACAUUAUCAGCCUUAAAGCUGACCAUAAGUGCCUUCCUUACUUUGUGCCUAAAGUUGUUUAAAAGAGAUUUUUGAAGGAGCACUGAUAACAGAAUACUUCUAUGCAUGUGUCAGUGCUGGGGACUUGUAGUUCUCCUGAUAGAUAUUUUUGUAGUGUCUGUAUUCAUGAGAUUUUUGAGGGAAAAUGGAAUGUGAAUGUUAAUUUCACACAAAUCUUCACCGUACAGUCAGGUAAAAAGAUUGCCGCACUCGUAAGAGGUGACAACAGCUCCAGAAGAGUGGUUCAACCUCAUGUUGGUGCACCUGAGCGUGCCUUAUGGAGAUUACUGCUCAAGAAAUACAAAAAGAAUGUGAUAAUGAAAUCGAUGAUCUUCUAUUUUAUGUUGAAAAGUACAAUCAGUUCUUAAGGGCCGUGGCAAAGGGGGCCUUAUACACAAAGAUGAUUUGUGACAAUGACAUGUCACUCACAUGUACGGGAUGUUUGAUGAUUCCUCAGUUGGUGAAAUGUACAGUUGCUGAGAAUAAGACCAACUUUUUUUUUUUUUUUGCUUGUUUCUUUCUGAUAAUCACUUGAAAUAGAUGUUCACUGUUUACUCAAUGUUUGCCAAAUGGGGAACAAAUAAAAGGCUGAAUUUGCA